AUGAAGAACGAGCGAAAUACGAAAACAAAACCCCUCAAUCGCCGGGCGCAUGCUCUUGGGGCAUGCAAAACAUGCCGGAAACGACACGUCAGAUGCGACCAAACGCGACCAAUUUGCAAAGCCUGCAUUGGUGCAGGCCUCGGUUGCGAAGGACUCGUGUCGGAAAUCCAUUGGGUUGGCACAUCAUCUACGGAUGCAGAUGGAACAACAUUUGGAUCAAGUUCAGGCCCGAAUGUUCGCCGGCAUCUAUAUACAGAAAAGGAAAGAGAGACAAUGAGCUCCGCCCUUGUGGAUCAACUCUCGUCGUUCCCCGUCGACCACUGUCUAAUGGAAAUCGAUAAUACCUCCCGAGACCUUGACGACCAAACCAAUCGGGGAAUUUCGAUCGGACCUUUUGGCGUCCUGAACCUGACAAAGCAUAUUGCGGCACCCGAUCAAGAAACACGCAAAGAGUUUCAUGAAGCAGCAGGUUUAGAGCUCGAAAACACAAAGAGCGUGUCUGAUCUCACUGAUGUUCCUUUCCCGGGGUUAUCAACUGCCGAGGAAAUGCUCGGAAACUUAGACACAUACCUUCAAUGGGCCGAUAUUUUCAAUCUAGAUCCUCCACCGGUUGGCUGGACGCUCACGUCGCCCAUAUCGGGAUUUGAAGAACACGGCACAAUUGUCACUCCACAAAGCAGCACAGACCUUCCUCUUCUUGAACCUCAGCUUGAUGGCCUCGACACAGAAUUGACACAGAAUGACUUGGAAGGUCUGGAUAUACUCGGGGAGGGACCACUUCUCUUGAGGCAUUUUAAUGAAAAUGUCGUUACCCGAAUAAUCUGGCUCCCUAUGACUCAAAAGUCACCAUGGCAUAUUCUUAACAUCCCUCACGCCAUGGUCACGCUAGACCAAAUCACUUAUAUGGGGCAUGCCACUAUAAAACAUGCCAGCCUAGCAAAUUUGUACGGUAUACUUGCAUGCGCAGCCUUCCACCUGUCUGCGAACCCCAACCUCAUUCCAGAUAGGCCUGACCAAUACUGGACCCGAUUAUCAGCAGCCGCCUAUGAAGAAGGAAAGGCUCAUGUAAAUAACUCACUCGAACUUGAGCUCGAGGGUUCCCAAAAGGCAAAAUAUAAAGAGCAACUCAUGGCAAUGAUAAGUUUGACCACAUUUACGGUAAGUGUUCCGACCAAUCCUAGUUUUGUAACAUCAACUGACAUUCCACGUAAGAUAAUUUCAAACCAUCAGAGAGAAUGCAGAUGUCAUAUGGUUAAUAUGGAAUACUUAAUUCGAUUGCGGGGCCUUGUGAAGCCUCGCGUCUCACGUCGAGCGAGACUCCUACACUAUAUGUAUACCUGGAUCCGCAUCUUGACUGAGAGUACUCUAGUAUUGCACCAAGAGAUCGCCCACACAGCACCUAUUAAAGCUCUUUGGUCUCGUCGUUUAGACAUGGAAGAGCUGACCAGACUGAAUCAACGACGGGCUGCUGUGCCGAAAUUUGAGCAGAACCGGGGCGUCGAUGACUUCCUUCGCGUUUGUGAAACAGAAUCAGAUAAUGAUCUCAACAUUGACGAUCCAAAGGAUGAUCAAGCAGGUCUUGGUGACAUCCACCUUGUGGAUUCACGAAAUCAUCCAGAAGAACUGCAUACUAUGGUAAACGGAGUGUCCGAGACAUGGCUAGGCCUCCUAUCGCAGACCACUCGCCUAGCGAACGUGUUGGACCAAAUUAAUUCUGGAAGCUGUAUAGUGUCUCCAAAGCGUCAAAUCGCGCUGCAAAGACGAUCUCUGUGUCUUGAAAACAUGAUUUGCGUUUUCACUCAGCGAGAACUGCCACCUUCGGGCGGGGACCCGAAAGCUCACAUGUUGAGGGCUCUAAAUUACGCGCUAGUGAUUUUCUUUUAUAGGAGAGUGCGGACAGUCAAUCCUUGCAUUCUUCAAGGCUACGUGAAGAGCAUCGUUUCUGAGUUGAGGAGCUGGGAUACUGAAUUAGAAAAACAAUCCUUGUUUGGGCCCGGUACUGCAUGGCCUGCAUUUGUGGCGGGUUGUGAGGCAAUCUCUAGCGAGGACCGCCACGCCAUUCUGUUUUGGCUCAGAAAAGCAAAUAAUCAAAGUGGCUUUUCGUCAUAUUCGUCCGCAGCGGGGAUCAUGGAGGAGGUGUGGAAAAUCAGAGAUAGCUACUGUGGAACUGGGAACUCACCGGGGUCGCAGCCAUCACCUGCUGCAUUUAGUUGGACAGAUUACUCGAAGCAAAAUCUCCAAUGGCUAUUGCUAUUUUGA